AUGGCCUCUCUUGGUGCACUGUUAAUGCUGUUGCCUGUCGCGUGGACCUGCCCCCCCCAGAAAGCAGACUAUGUCAUGGUGUCUUGUUUCCCCAACGCCAUCAUUGCCAAUGUCCCAGAAUGCCCUUACGGCUGGGAGAUUGAGCAGCUAUCCCUGGGGGGCGUCUGUUACACUGGGAUACACAGCCCGGGCUACUUCCGCUUUAUCAUCCCGGACCUAACGCCUAAAAACCACUCGUACUGCGGGACACAGUCCGAGUACAUGCCCGGCAAAGACCCAAAGUACGUCUUCUACAACUCCAUCGUGUCCAACGACACUUCCCUCACAGUCAGGAACCAGCCCGUCAACUACACCUUCAGCUGCAUGUACCGAGCCGCCUACCUGGUAAAUAACGCAGUCUUCAGCCAGAGAGUGGCUACAGUUUUUGUCAACAACGGGAGUUUAGGCACUUUUAGAUCACAGUUGUCUAUGAACGUGUUCACGAAUUCAAAGUUCCUGUACUCCAAGGACGCUCCCUAUGUGAUCGACACUUCUGAGAUCGGCUCCGAAGUUUUCAUGGGGAUUGAGGCAAAAGGACUCAGCAACAGAUUCAAAGUUGUAAUAAACAACUGCUGGGCCACGCCGAGCCCGUACUCGACAGACAGGAAGAGGUGGAGUCUCAUCAUCAACAGCUGCUCCUCCGACAACACUGUGACUAUUUUCGAGAACGCCAAAGACAGCCGCUCCACGUUCAAGUUCAACUCCUUCCGCUUCCAGCGGCUGGAGAAGGUUUCCACCGUCUGGCUUCACUGCGAGGUGCACGUUUGUGAUGCCGAGAGGCUCGUCUGUCAGCCGACCCCCUGCACUGCGAGAAGUCUGUCAGCUGAGGCAGAUCCGAGUGGGGGGAUCCUUACGGCUGAGUUUCACAUUAAAGGUUACGGAUCUUCCAAUAACGGACACAAACCAGGCUCAUCGCUCCUCAUCCUGCUGCUGCUCCUGAUAAACUCCUGUUGUGUUUUACUGAACUGACUAAUCAUGUACUAAAAACUGAAUUCUCAUCCGUACAAUAAUCAUUUCCAUAAACCCAAACAUACCCGGGACUCAGGGAGCAGAUGAUCACAUUCCUCCC